AUGGUGCACACGGAAGGCAGCGCCCUGCUGAAGGCCGUCUGGCAAGGGAAAUUCCGUCUGACCCGCCUCUUGCUGGAAGGCGGGGCUUACAUCAAUGAGGGCAACACCCAGGGGGAGACUCCGCUCAUUGCUGCCUGCGUGGCCCCCUACGACGACCCCCAGAACAAGCCCCGCAUGGUGAGGUACCUGCUGGAGAACGGAGCCGACCCCAACAUUCCUGACAAGACGGGCAAGUCCGCCUUGAUGCACGCCUGCGCGGAGGGCGCUGGGGCCGAGGUAGCCACCGUCCUGCUCAACCACGGGGCCGACCCCAGCGCGAAGGAUUAUUCGGGCGCCUCGGCGUUGGUCUACGCCAUCAACAAAGGGGAUCGGGCGACCUUGCAGGUGCUCCUGGACGCCUGCAAAGCCAAGGGCAAGGAGGUCAUCAUCAUCACCACCGACACCUCCCCUUCGGGGACCAAGAAGACCAAGCAGUACCUCAACUCCCCGCCUUCUCCUGGCGUGCAGGACAAGCAGCCGCCGCCCGCCCUGUGCAUGUCUCCUUCGGACAUCGAAGUCCUCACCUCUCAGUCUCCCGGGAGCAGCGAGAAGGAAGAGGAGCGGGACGUGUUCAACUUCAGCCUGGCCACCAGGCUCAGCUGCUCGCCCCACGCCAAGGGGAAGGAGAUGGAGGAGAAGGGGCCCUCGGGGCUGCACCCCAAAAGCCAGCCUAAGCAGCUGAAGAGACUGAACUCCGAGCCGUGGGGCUUGGUGGCUCCCUCGGUCUUGGCCGCCUCCUAUCAGGAGAAAGCCCGUAGUCCGGAAGAUCGGGUGAGGAUUGAUAUGAACGGGUUGAGUAUCACCAAAAGGCCUCCCCUGUCUCGGAGACACAGCGUGGAAGGCCAGGAGUCCUCCUGCUUCAAGAUGGGGACUCAACAAGGAGAGGAGAUCUCGGGCGGAGAUUCCUCCUGGGCGGAGAAGGUCCACCAGACCCUCGCUCGGCACAACACGGCUCCGGAAGCUCAAGAAGGUCUCCAGCCUCCUAGUUCCAGAAGUGUGGCCCAUCACAGGUUGACCUGCUCGGAACAUUUGGAGUUCGAUUCCCUCUGUCCCGAAUCCAUCCCGGGUUCUCCAGAGUCUGGCCGGGUUUCGCUGGAGAGGAGGAGGUACAACGCCUCCCCGUUGACCUUGCCCAACAGCUCCUCCCGGGAGAGUCUAGAGAGUAUCCCCAACACCAUCUCCCCGAUCACCAUCCGGCGUAGGGCCCCAGGUCUCCUGGAACGCCGGGGCUCCGGGACGCUGCUCCUCGAUCACAUCGCCCACACCCGCCCGGGCUUCCUGCCCCCUCUGCACUUCAACCCUCACCCUCCCCUCCGCGACAUUUGGCCCAAUGGGAAGCCCCCUUCCCCGGCCCACAAGGGUCUGAUCCCCGUGGCUCCCUCCUCCCCGAAGACCAAGCGGCUCCUGCGCAGACACUCCAUGCAAACAGAGCAGAUGAAACAGCUGGUCAGUUUCCAGAGCCUGAUUGCACAAGGGGAUUCGGUGGCCACCUAAAACGGGCAGUCCCUGGACACCGGAACCAACCCUAAUCUUCAUCUUUGGCCUGAUCAAAGUUUAGAGGGCCCAUCCUGUCUUCAUAGUUGGGUUUCCAUUGUCUUCCUCCCUUCUCUUGUUCGGUGUCCUACAUUGUAGUGGCCACAUUUAGAGUCCUAACCUAAUUUGACUUUCUAAACCUAGAGUUGGAACCAGAAAAAACCACCACGAAGGGACAGGAUUUUGAAAGGACCGGACAAUUCACCCGUUGCUGUCCCAAGUGGCUACAACUCUGAGGAAACUGGCCUCUCUUGAGUCAGAGUUUGAGACAGGAAGAUCUCCGACGAAACGUUGGCGGUGAAAAUAGGAGAACGUUGGUAUCUGGAGCCUUUCCGUGGUUUGGAUGCUGAGUUGGCCACGGGGAAUGCCGAAAAUACCCAACGCUGGAGGUUUUUCCUCGAGCGGAGGUCCAAGGAGAGGAUAACUGGGUGGACUUUUGAGAUGAGUGGCACAAUGACUUCUUCAGGCACCCAUUGGAAAUUGAUCAGUUGCCGAGAACCAGGAAGAUGUUCCCCCGGGAAACUGGCCUUCUCUCCUUCUCGUCCUCCAGGUCACAUCUGGGGCCUUCUGCCUUUUCAGAUCCAUAGGCCCGUGUCCCUCAACCUCAAGGAGACGAAGCUGGUGGCAGGCCAGAAAGACCAGGCUUACCCACAAAGCUGCAAUUAAGCUGCUUUAUUGCUAAAAGCCAAUGCACAGGAAUCUUCUCGACUAAGAAUCAGCACGUGGAUAGAGUUAGAUAUGGGCCAAGAGAGGUUGGGCUUAGUUCACUUGUGACUACGCAGGGAUGCUAUGCCGAGGCCUCUUUUCAUUCUCCCCUGGGUUCUGCCACUCCUUCACUCACAGGUGGACUUCAACUCCCAGAAUUUCCCAGCCAGCAUGGCUGGCUGGGGAAUUCUGGGAGUUGAAGUCCACACAGCUGAACGUUGCUGAGUUUGAGGAAGACUGCAAUAGUUUUACUGGCCUUUUCACUGGUUGUUUGGGAUUUGUCCUCACUUGAACCAAAUAUUCUUGCCCUAUUUUUUUCUCUUUCUCUACUGGAUUUUGCUAGGAUUCCAUUUCUUCUGAAGGCUUUAUCGGACGAGAGUCACCACUCAGGGUUGGGGGGUUCAAAUUGGAGAGAUGAAAUGGGGGGGGAGAUCUACCCAUCCUCCAAAUUUGUUGGACCGAGAGGUUAAAAACCAAAACUCUCUUUAAUUCUUUCUCUCUUUUUUUGCAUCACCUCCAGUAGGAAAGUUUUGAGUGGCGAUCUUAAAAUGUUCUGGAGGAGAAUUUGAGACUUUGGGGGUUAUUUCUGACCCAGCAUGGAUUAUAUUUGGUCUUCCGGAUGCUUUUGAACUUCAUGUUGAGUCGUUCAUUGUCACGGGGGGCAGCAAAUACCUCCCGUGGACCGCACUAUUUCAAUGACGAAGUCAAAAUAUUUUCCCAAAAUGCUGUUGACAAGAAGGAUACUCAUUUUUUUUCUGGGUUAAAACCAGAUGCAGCAUUCUUCUUUUCUAUUUAAAUCGAUGGGAAGUAGGUCGAUCCCUGAAUUCGUUCCCAGAACUGAGAACAGGUGGGAUGAGCGGCCAAUUUAAAAUGGUUCUUCGGAUCUUAUAUUUUUUAUUUGUUUUAAUUUUUUUCUCUACCCAGAGACUCAGGGAUGGCGCCCUGAUUUUGAUGCUUCCUGCAUAGUGGUCCCAUCAAAAUGGACCUUGGAGUUUCCAACUUCUAUCUUCAACCUUCCCAUUAACUGAAGAUCUUCCGCAGCUUCCCAAAAUGUGUGGCUGAAGACUUGCGCAUUUGGGGCCGCAGAAGUGUGACGGGUGCCGAGGACGUUUU